AUAAAGACAAAAGUGGCCCGUGUGUUUCCUGCAGGACCUUUGAGAGUAGAGACAGGGAGCGGUGGGAGCUCACCUUGAUAAAUAACAACAGAUACUGAACAGCACAGGUUGAAUCAGGUGUAAUUUUCAGGCGCUAAAUGGAGGUAAAAACUGUUCCGCCUCUCGACUGAUAAGUGACGCGGAGUAUGACUCAUAUGGUCGCAUGAGGGUUGCCAGGUGAGAUCCAAGAUCCAGGACUGCAGAGAGAUCCGCUUGUUAACGCUGCCAGCUUUCAGAGUCUCCUGAUCUCUUCCAGGAGUGAUCAAAGAGCGUGGUGAUGAUUACUGAAUGAGCACGAGCACGAAGUGAAUGGAAAAAUGAACAAAAAAUAUGAAUCAGCAAACAUCUCCGAUGUGGAGGAGCACAUUUCUCUGAAGUAUGACAUUAAGAAGAGACUUGGAAAAGGGGCCUACGGCAUUGUCUGGAAAGCAGUUGACAGACAGACUGGUGAGAUUGUGGCUGUGAAAAAAAUCUUUGAUGCCUUCAGAAACAGGACAGAUGCCCAGCGAACGUUCAGAGAAAUCAUGUUCCUCCAGGAGUUUGGAGGCCACCCCAACAUCGUUAAGCUUCUAAAUGUCAUCAGAGCACAGAACGAUAAAGACAUUUACCUCAUCUUUGAAUAUAUGGAUACCGACCUGCAUGCAGUGAUAAAGAAAGGCACCCUACUGAAAGACAUCCAUAAACGUUAUGUGAUGUACCAGCUCCUCAAAGCCACCAAAUAUCUGCAUUCAGGAAAUGUUAUCCACAGGGACCAAAAGCCGUCCAACGUGCUCUUGGACUCUGACUGUGUUGUCAAGCUGUGUGACUUCGGCUUGGCCAGAUCGCUCAACCAGAUCCAAGAGGACAGUGGGAAUCCUGCACUGACGGAGUACGUGGCCACACGGUGGUAUCGAGCUCCCGAGAUCCUGCUGGGAUCCACAAGGUACACUAAAGGCGUGGACAUGUGGAGCCUUGGCUGUAUCCUGGGAGAGAUGCUGCUGGGAAAAGCCCUGUUCCCUGGGACAUCCACCAUCAACCAAAUAGAGAAGAUCAUGAGUGCCAUUCCACACCCCAGCCCAGAAGAUAUUCUCGCAAUCAAGUCAGAAUAUGGAUCCUCUGUCAUACAGAGAAUGCUACUAAAACCACAGGUGCCUUUGGAGGAUCUUCUUCAGCCCUCUGUGCCUCCCGAUGCUCUCGACCUGUUGAAGGGUUUCCUGGUUUUCAACCCAGACAAGCGGCUAACUGCAGAGCAAGCCCUCCAACACCCAUACUUAGCCAGAUUUCACAAUCCAGCCAAAGAGCCAACUCUGAACUACGACGUAGUGCUGCCAGUGGAUGAUGACAUCCAGCUAUCUGUGGUUCAAUACCGCAACAAACUAUAUGAGAUGAUACUGGAGAGGAGAACUAACCAAGGGAUGCUGAGGUUGAUCCAGCCAAAGGAAGGAAGCUGUGUCAGCAGCAGAGAGAAGCCCAGUGUGAAGUGUGAUAAAGGAGAAAAGAGCCAAGAGGCUGCAAACAGCAUCAGAGAUGAUGAUGAUGAAAGAAAACCAAAACCUGAUAAAACUGAUGAGACGAGCCACGCGCCUCCACGUACAGGAGUCGGCAAAACCGAGGCUGUGAAUGCAUCUACCCCACCUGCAGCAGAGAAGACGAGCCCUCUAGCUGGCCCUGGCAUAGGAAAACUUACAUAUAACCCUAUCACACAUGCCCCAAAUGUCUUCGUUCGGAGUCCAGGUGGUCCUCCUCAUUCCUACCAAUCCACUGCAGCCAGCAGGAUACCAGUGGGACAGAACAGCUACAGUAAUGCACCUGCAUCACCAACAGAGGGCACCAGUGCUGGUGUAUCGAUGGACCAGAUUCUCCAGCGUGGUCGCUCAGCCCCUGUGGCCCAUAACCAUUCCUUCUCCUCGUCCCUUAACCACACCCAGAAUAACCCCUUAGUACGCAAAGAUGAGGCAUCCUUGUCUUCUGGGCUUUACAUCACAUCAGCACGUCUGAACCAGCGCUCCACCACUCAGGUGCACGAGGCCCGGCCACCGCCGCGGUUCAGCAAGAAAGUGUUUCAGACUAACUGUAACGUGGCAGCAGCUGGCGACCCACGAGCCAAACUAGGCAGCUAUUCGCAGGCCUAUGGCACCAUCAACAAGACUGGACUGGACAGUCUUCUUCGGGGCCGCCCUUGCAACCAGUGACUGCUGUGAUACCUGCAGUUACAUAGGGGUCCGGUGCCACAUGUGUUUAAACACGCAACAAAGUUUGCUUUGAUCGCCUUCAGACAAUGAUUUAGUAACUAGAAACGAUUCUGACUGGCAGAUCAAACACCUCUUAUAUCACGUUUAGAUUUUACCCAUGGAGACAUGGAUUUAUUCACUGUCUGUGACAAUGGAUAUAUAUUUAUAUAAAAUCAAUUCUAGGCGUUAAUAUUACAUUUAUAGAACUGUAAAACCAAUGUAUGAAUUUAUGUAAAUGUGUGUAUUUUUUUUUUAAACUUCAAAACCUUUUCUUAGAAGGCUGGAUUAGCCUGUCUGUCUGUACAGAGGCUCUGUAUUAAAAUGCACAUGUUAAAUAAUAAGUUUGA